AUGAGUGGCAUAACGCCAAUAGCUCCGUCGAGCGCUCCGACAGUUUUCAAGGUGCGAUGCCAAAGUACGCGUCCGGGUGAAGCGGUGUUCGUGGUGGGUGGCCAUGAAGCCUUGGGCUCAUGGUCCACUGCAAUGGCUUUGCCUCUCACCACAUCUGCGGAUACGUUCCCCGAGUGGCAGUCUUCUGCAAUACCUUUGAUAGCGGGGAUGAUGGUGGAAUACAAGUUUGUGAUUCAGCGAGAGGACCGGCAGGGCAGUCCGCAAUGGCAGAACUUCCAGGGCAACUACCGGGUCACGCCAGUCGCUGGCAAGCUGAUCCAGGCCGCGUCGGACUGGGACAAGGCCUUCGCAGAAAUCACAACCAGCCUUCCAGAGACGGUUCAGACUCGGGCAGAAGGGAAAGGGACUAAAGGGACUCAGCGGAGUGAAGGGACUGGCAUUGGGCCUGACAAGGCUGAGGCUGCUGACAAGGUUGAGGAGCCUGCCGACGUCGCUUCAGAAGACAAGGCUGCAGAAGACAAGGCCACAAUCGACAAGGCCGCGGCCGACAAGGCCGCGGCCGACAAGGCGGCUGCCGACAAGGCGGCUGCCGACAAGGCGGCGGCCGACAAGGCGGCGGCCGACAAGGCUGCGGCCAAGCACGAGAAGGAGGAGAUCCUGCUGAAAAUGGCAGAGUCCUCUGUGGACAAAGCUGCUGCAGAAGUUGCCUCCGACUGCCCUCUAGCUGUCACUCUGGCAGAUCGGCCCAUGAGUCGGCGAAACUUCUCCCAGAGCUUGAUGACCCUGGAUGUGGACGACAUCCCAGGUACCGGUACCCAAGGCACCCCAAGUACCCCAGGUACCCAAGGUACCCAAGGUACCAAAGGUACCCAAGGUACCCAAGGUACCCAAGAUACCAAAGGUACUCAAGGUACCCAAGGUACGGGUGAUGAGGCUGCGAAAGCGAGCCCAAAAAUGAGUCCAAAGGAGGACGCGAGCCCGAGAAAGAGUCCAAAGGCGGAAGCGCAAGAUGUGGAAAGCAAGGAUCGUGAGGAACCUGCCAAGACUGAGAGCACUGAAGUCCCUGAAGGAGACGCCUCUCAGACCCCCAAUGAGAUCGAAGAACCAUUGAAAGUCCCAGAGGAGCCUGAGCGGCGUGGUGUGUCUUUGAGGCACAUUACGAGCUUUUCUGCGCUGGCAGAGAUUGCGCCCGCAGAAGCCAAAGCCGAGCACCGGAAAGGGAAGAAGGUAGCACAAUCGCACUACGACCCCUACAACUUGAAUGUUCCGGUGGUUGUGGUCACAAGCGAAGUUGCACCCUUCUCAAAGACGGGUGGGCUCGGCAUGGUCGCGGCUUCCUAUGGCUUCGAAUUCGCCAGGAAUGGUCAUCGGACAAUGGUGGUGGCGCCGAAGUACAAGCAUUAUGAGGGCCUGAGGUACAUCGGCGAGACACGUGUUCGUGUGAAUGACCAGGAGGAGAACGUGAAAUACUUUUACCUUCGAAAGGAUUUGGAAGAGGGCAAAGGCACGGACUUCCUUUUCAUUGAGGGCCGUGGCAUAGAAAGAGACGGCGGCCUCUACAACGACAACGACGGCUGCGAGUACCCGGACAACCUCCACCGCUUCACUCUGCUGUGCUUGGCUGCGAUGGAGGCGCCGCUGGUUUUGGACAUCAAUGGCCAGGGCAGGUACGGUGAUAAGGUGACAUUCCUGGCAAACGACUGGCAAGCAGGGCUGGUGCCAGUGUACAUGUGCUACAAGUACCGCCGACACAACUGCUACUCCCAGGCGCGGGUCAUUUACGUGAUUCACAACUUGGGGUACCAGGGCCAAUACUACGGCUACGACGCCUGCCGCUUCUUGGGCUUGGACGAGAAGGCGGCCUUCGACCUGGUCCUCGGAAAUUGCAUCAACCUUUCAAAGGGCGCGCUGAUUUGCGCAGACCGUGUCAUCACCGUGUCGCCAAAUUAUUCCAAAGAGAUUCAGACUUCCGCGGGCGGCUUCAACUUGCAGGACUUUGUGUCUGCCAAAGCUGCUUCGCUUCGCCUGGCCGGCAUUCUCAAUGGCAUCGACGACUGCUGGGACCCCUUGGAGGAUGCAGACAUUGCUGCGAAUUUCUCAGUGGAGAACUUCGAGCAAGGUAAGGCGGAAAACAAGGCUCACUUGCAGAAGCUAUUGGGGCUUGAAGUGAAUCCUGAUUUGUGCAUGAUUGGCUUCGUCGGCCGCCUGACUUGGCAGAAGGGCAUAGAUGUGUUGGCGAGCGUGAUCUCUUGGCUCAUGCAGGACACUGGCAACGGCGUGACCGGUCACGUGCAGCUCAUCCUCAUGGGCAACGGAGAGAAACAGUACUCCGAAGCCUUGCGCUGGGCAGAAACCAGCUACAAGGGCCGAGUGUGCGGCUACGUGGGAUUCGACCCAAAGGUGGAGCACCAGAUGAUGGCAGGUUGCGACCUUUUGCUGAUGCCAUCACGCUACGAACCUUGCGGUUUGCCUCAAAUGUAUUCUCAGAUGUACGGAACCCUGCCAGUAGUCCAUGCCACGGGAGGUUUGGUUGAUUCUGUCAAGGACAUCUCCAGUGGUGUGCAAUCUGCCACCGGCUUCCUCGUCCAGCCCCUCAGCUCCGACAAGCUCAAGGAGAUGCUCUUCCAAGCGGUGGAGUUGAAUUUGAAGCGCAAGGAAGACUUCCACACCAUGCAGCGAUCGGCCAUGCUGAGCGACUAUUACUGGCCGAAGGCCAUGGACGAGUACGAGCGGCAGAUCGAUGUCGUGCUCUAUGAGCCUCCCACAAUCCGAUGA